AGUCAUCCUUGCCAUCUUCAGAGUGAUCAUGGCCAACCUGACCUCAAUGAGUGGGUUCCUUCUCAUGGGGUUCUCUGAGGAGCGUAAACUUCAGAUUUUACAUGCACUGCUCUUUUUGGUGACAUACCUGCUGGCCUUGACAGGCAACCUCCUCAUUAUCACCAUAACUACCUUGGACCAUUGCCUCCAUUCCCCCAUGUAUUACUUCUUGAAGCACCUCUCUCUUUUGGACCUCUGUUUCAUCUCCAUCACAGUCCCCCAGUCCAUUGCAAAUUCUCUCAUGGACAAUGGUUACAUUUCCCUUGGUCAGUGCAUUCUUCAGGUUUUCUUCUUCAUAGCUCUGGCCUCGUCAGAAGUGGCCAUCCUCACGGUGAUGUCUUAUGACCGGUAUGUAUCCAUCUGUCAACCACUGCAAUAUGAGACCAUCAUGGAUCCCCGGGCUUGUAGGCGUGCCGUGAUAGCUGUGUGGGUUGCCGGGGGCCUCUCUGGGCUCGUGCAUACAGCUGUUAAUUUCUCCAUACCUCUCUGUGGGGAGAGAGUCAUUCACCAAUUCUUCUGUGAUGUUCCUCAGAUGCUGAAACUAGCCUGUUCUUAUGACUUCAUUAAUGAGAUUGCAGUGGCUGCAUUCACAACCUCAACAGCAUUUAUCUGUUUGAUCUCUAUCGUGCUUUCCUACAUUCGCAUCUUCUCUGCAGUGCUGAGAAUCCCAUCAACUGAGGGCCAGACCAAAGUCUUCUCCACCUGCAUACCUCACCUAUUCGUAGUCACCUUCUUCCUCUCGGCUGCAGGGUUUGAGUUUCUAAGGCCGCCUUCUGAUUCCCAAUCGGCUAUGGACCUCACCUUCUCCAUAUUCUAUACUGUGAUACCUCCAACACUCAAUCCAGUCAUCUAUAGUUUACGGAAUGAAGCCAUGAAGGCAGCUCUGAGGAAGGUACUGUCAAAAGAAGAAUUUGCUCAGAGAAAGAUGUAUUUAAAAGCCAUUUUCAAACUCUGA